GCGUGUGAUGUGUUUGUGUAUCCUCAGUGUUUUUCUCUCUUGAGUGUUUUAUUGAGUGUAAACAGAGUCUUGUCUCUGUGUAUUUUAGUGUUGAUGAUGAGAUGGAUGAGAUGUGCUGUAAAUCAGUAGGAACUGAUCUGUCCAUGCUGGAUAUUGAUGAUUUCAUCACAGAAAUCUCUCAGCUGAAGAAAGAGGUGGCGUUACUGGAGACAAAGCUGAGGUUAAGAGGAGAUGAAGGACUGAAGAGAGAGGACUCCGAGCUCAGUCUGACUUUACUCUGUUAUACUGAGUCAAAGCCCACAGACGCUCAGGACACUACAGUGUGUGACAGUAAUCAGGGCUUACAGGAUGAGGAAUCUACUGAUCAAACCUCCACAGAGUCUCUGGAUUCUGUCUGGAACGCUGGAGAACAGCAGCAGAUCCUGCAGACCAAACUCAAGAUGUGUUCAGUCAAACUUGAGGACAGUGCAAACCAAACUGAGAUUAAAACAGAGCCCACAGAAAUUAAAACUGAACCCACAGAAGAGGAAGAUCACACUGAGGAAGAUGAAGACAAUCAUGAUGAUGAAUCUACUGAUCAAACCUCCACAGAGUCUCUGGAUUCUGUCUGGAACGCUGGAGAACAGCAGCAGAUCCUGCAGACCAAACUCAACAUGUGUUCAGUCAAACUCAUCGACUGCACGAACCUCACGAUGAAGAUCAAAACUGAACCCACAGCAGAUGAAGAUCACACUCAGGAAGAUGACAGUCAUGAUGAUGCUUUUAUUUCUUCAGAUGUGAAGAGUGAAUCAUUUUUGGAUGCAGAAAUAACGUCCUCAACAUCAGAAGAGAGACUGACAGCACAAACUCAAGAGAAGAAACUUCAUUCAGAAGAGCACAGAGAGAAGAAGAAGUUUCACUGUAAACAGUGUGGGAAGGGGGGUUUUGUCUUCUUAUCUCAGCUAAAAGUUCACAUGAGGACACACAGUGGUGAAAAGCCUUUCAACUGCACUGAAUGUGGCAAAUACUUCAGCACCAAACACAAUCUUGCUGUUCAUCAGAGAAUUCACACAGGAGAAAAACCAUACGAGUGUCCUCACUGUGAGAAGAGAUUCAGCUACAAACCUUAUCUGAAGACACAUGUGCUUAUACACACCAAUGAGAGACCGUAUCAGUGCAGUGAAUGUGAAAAAACCUUUAAGGAUUCAGGUUCAUUAAAAUUACACCAGAAAAUUCACUCUGAGGAGAAACGCUAUCAAUGUUCACAGUGUAAUAAAGUUUUCAGUCAUGAAUCUCAUCUGAUAAUCCAUGAGAGAGUUCACACUGGAGAGAAACCUCAUCGCUGUGAUGUCUGUGGGAAGAGUUUCAGUCAACAUUACAAUUUAGUGUCACACCAGAGAACUCAUACAGGUGAAAGACCUUACAAAUGCUUUCAGUGUGAGAAGACAUUUACUCAUUCAUUUUCCUUAAAAACCCAUAAGAGAAUUCAUACUGGAGAGAAACCCUACUACUGUAGUGUUUGUGGGAAGAAUUUUAAUCAACGUGAAAAUUUUGUGAGACAUCAGAGAAUUCAUACAGGUGAAAAACCUUACAAAUGCUCUCAGUGUGAGAAGAUGUUUAAUCAUUCAAGUAUCCUAAAAGUCCAUGAGAGAGUUCAUACGGGAGAGAAACCUUACGUCUGCUCGAUCUGUGAAGAGAGAUUUGCUUCUUCUAGAAGUCUUCAGCAUCAUCAGAAGAAAAAACAUACUGAAGAACUAACUACACUGAAAUCAUCAUAUGAUGUAGAGACCCUAAUGCACAAAGGUAGGCUGUUCCAGAGCUUUGGGGCGGCUACAGAGAAAGCUCAAUCACCUUUUGAUUUGCAAGGAGAACGAGGGACAGAGAAAAAACAGGGAUGGGCAACUUCGGUCCUGGAGGGCCGGUGUACAGCAGAGUUUAGCUCCAACCAUAAUAAAACACACCUGAAGCAGCCAAUUAAGAAGAAAGAGCUCGCGUGUGAUGUGUUUGUGUAUCCUCAGUGUUUUUCUCUCUUGAGUGUUUUAUUGAGUGUUAACAGAGUCUUGUCUCUGUGUAUGUUAGUGUUGAUGAUGGAUGUGAGGUGUUGUAAAUCAGUAGGAACUGAUCUGUCCAUGCUGGAUAUUGAUGAUUUCAUCACAGAAAUCUCUCAGCUGAAGAAAGAGGUGGCGUUACUGGAGACAAAGCUGAGGUUAAGAGGAGAUGAAGGACUGAAGAGAGAGGACUCCGAGCUCAGUCUGACUUUACUCUGUUAUACUGAGUCAAAGCCCACAGACGCUCAGGACACUACAGUGUGUGACAGUAAUCAGGGCUUACAGGAUGAGGAAUCUACUGAUCAAACCUCCACAGAGUCUCUGGAUUCUGUCUGGAACGCUGGAGAACAGCAGCAGAUCCUGCAGACCAAACUCAACAUGUGUUCAGUCAAACUCAUCGACUGCACGAACCUCACGAUGAAGAUCAAAACUGAACCGACAGAAGAUGAAGAUCACACUACGGAAGAUGACAGUCAUGAUGAUGCUUUUAUUUCUUCAGAUGUGAAGAGUGAAUCAUUUUUGGAUGGAGAAAUAACGUCCUCAACAUCAGAAGAGAGACUGACAGCACAAACUCAAGAGAAGAAACAUCAUUCAGAAGAGCACAGAGAGAAGAAGAAGAAGAAGAAGAAGAAGUUUCACUGUAAACAGUGUGGGAAGGGUUUUGCCUUCUUAUCUCAGCUAAAAAUUCACAUGAGGACACACAGUGAUGAAAAGCCUUUCUACUGCACUGAAUGUGGCAAAUAUUUUUGCAGAAAACAAACUCUUCGUGUUCAUCAGAAAAUUCACACAGGAGAAAAACCAUACGAGUGUCCUCACUGUGAGAAGAGAUUCAGCCACAAACCUUAUCUGAAGGCACAUGUGCUUAUACACACCAAUGAGAGACUGUAUCAGUGCAGUGAAUGUGAAAAAACCUUUAAGUAUUUAGGUUCAUUAAAAAAACACCAGAAAAUUCACUCUGAGGAGAAACGCUAUCAAUGUUCACACUGUGAUAAAGUUUUCAGUCAUGAAUCUCAUCUGAUAAUCCAUGAGAGAGUUCACACUGGAGAGAAACCUCAUCGCUGUUAUGUCUGUGGGAAGAGUUUCAGUCAACAUUACAAUUUAGUGAAACACCUGAGAACUCAUACAGGUGAAAAACCUUACAAAUGCUUUCAGUGUGAGAAGACGUUUACUCAUUCAUUUUCCUUAAAAACCCAUAAGAGAAUUCAUACUGGAGAGAAACCUUACCACUGUAGUGUUUGUGGGAAGAAUUUUAAUCAACGUGAAAAUUUAGUGAGACAUCAGAGAAUUCAUACAGGUGAAAAACCUUACAAAUGCUCUCAGUGUGAGAAGACGUUUAAUCAUUCAAGUAUCCUAAAAGUCCAUGAGAGAGUUCAUACGGGAGAGAAACCUUACGUCUGCUCGAUCUGUGAAGAGAGAUUUGCUUCUUCCAGAAGUCUUCAGCAUCAUCAGAAGAAAAAACAUACUGAAGAACUAACUACACUGAAAUCAUCAUAGUUCCUUAAAGAUAUUUGACAUGAAUGUUUAACACACUAGAAAAAAAACAAUUGUUUUCUAUAAAUGACAUUAAAUGAGGUUAUUUGCACCACAAAAAAGAUAAAAAAAUUGAACACUGUUGAAUUUUCCCUCUUUUGCCCAGGUCGACCAAUGAGAUCUGAUCAUAACGUCACAUUCCCAGAGCCGCUGGUGUAUCUCAAAAGAGUGAGAAGUUGCGGUACAGCACACAAAACUGUAUUUACAGCGCAUGAUGCAAUCAAAUCAUUGAGACAUUAACAAAACUUUCAAAGUGAUCGAAGGACAUCCUGAAAUACAAAUGAAAACGAUCAAAAUACAGUUUCAACUCUUGUAUCAAUCUAAUGAACUCCCCCUGCUCUUCUCGUUCCUGAAGAAUGAAGCGUAACCAAUAACGAACAUUCUAAUGGUUUUAUUGGGAAUUUUAUUGGUUCUAAUGGAAUAUGGCCCAAAACACACUACAGUGUAGUGGUUUUAAUGGUAAAAGCUAAUGGUUCCUAUUGGUAUUUUAACGGAAACCAUUAGAAUUUUCUGUAAUGGUUUUAUUGUUUUUUUCAGCAGGGGUACACAGAGUCGUAGUUGAAUGACAAGGGGAAAUAUCGCAUUCAUAUUCACAGGCGAUUAAUCCGUGAUUAUGAAUGCGAUAUUUCCCCGCUUAUCAGUGAGCUACGGCUCUGUGUAGUAAAUGCCGCUCCAUCUGAAAGCAGCUGAUGGUUAUUUAUUACUACUCCAGGAACGGCUUUACUGAAGAGAUGCACAUGACAAUCGCAUGCGAUUAAUUGUGCAGCCUAAUGUCAUGAGAAUGUUGUGAUGUCCACUGUCAGCGUUUGGUAGAAUAACACCUCCUCAUUUUAGUCAGAGCAUCGGAAAUACAACUAAGAUUGUUCAA